UUCUGAACCUCGCACGCAGCACAGGCCGCCCUGAGGGGAGCCUAGGAGCAUCGUCUGGUCUGGUCGACCAAGAGCCCAGCCGAGCUGCAGUGACCCCAUGGUUCCAGCCCUGGCUGGCUGUCUGACCACCUUGGUCAGACACUAGCACUGAAGCGGCAGUGAGCACCUGGGAACAUGUCCCACGAGAAGAGCUUCCUGGUGUCGGGCGAUGGCUUCCCCACUCCAAGCCCUGCCUUCCCUGGGCAGCAGCCUCCUGCCCCGCCAGCCUACGCACAGCCCCCCUACCCGGCAGCACCCUAUCCACAGCCCCAGUUCCAGCCAGGACCUUACAACCAGCCGGGCUUUCCGCAGGGCCCGUACCCUCAAGGGCCUGGGCCAUACCCACCAGCCCCAUAUGCUCAGGGGCCAUAUCCACCGGCAGGCGUGUAUCCUCAGGGGCCGUAUAUGCAGCCGCCAUACGCCCAGCCACAGCCCAUAGUCUCAGAGGACCAAGGCUCUCCGCUGCACAGUAACUACCAUGAGGACGGGCCGCCCUCGUACUACGACAACCAGGACUUCCCCAUCACCCACUGGGACGACAAGAGCAUCCGCCAGGCCUUCAUCCGCAAGGUGUUCCUGGUGCUGACCGUCCAGCUGAGCGUGACCUUGGCCUUCGUGGCCAUCUUCACCUUUGUGAAGGGCAUGAAGGGCUUUGUGAGGCGCAACGUCUGGAUGUACUACGUCUCCUACGCCGUCUUCUUCAUCUCGCUGAUCGUGCUGAGCUGCUGUGGGGAGUUCCGCCGCAAGUACCCCUGGAACCUGGUCGCCCUGUCCAUCCUCACUGUCAGCCUCUCCUACAUGGUGGGGAUGAUCGCCAGCUUCUAUGAAACGGACGCCGUCAUCAUGGCCGUGGGCAUCACGGCCAUCGUCUGCUUCACCGUUGUCCUCUUCUCCCUGCAGACCAAGUAUGACUUCACCUCCUGCCGGGGCGUGCUGAUCGUCUGCCUGGUGGUGCUGAUCCUCUUCUCCAUCCUGUGUAUCUUCAUCCGGAACCGCAUCAUGGACAUCGUCUACGCCUCGCUGGGAGCCCUGCUCUUCACCUGUUUCCUAGCGGUGGACACUCAGAUGCUCCUGGGGAACAAGCAGCUGGCCCUGAGCCCGGAGGAGUACGUCUUCGCCGCCCUCAACCUCUACACGGAUAUUAUCCAGAUCUUCCUCUACAUCCUGGCCAUCAUCGGCCGGGCCAAGGACUAGCACGCGCACGUCCGCUGCUGUGGAGAGUAGGGUAACCUCCUGCCCCUGUGCCAGCCUCAGCUCACUGUGUCCCCGCCCCUGCCCCCAGCCGUGCUCCCCCAUAGCCGUUUGGUGUGGUGUUGGUUCUCGUGUUCUAGUUAGUUUGACCCAUGGUCCCCUCACCAGCUCUUCGGGAAGGACAGUGGAGCUGCAGUGGGCUCAUGGUUUUGGAAGGACCUGCCCUGGGCCAUCCUGGGGUGAGGGACACUCUCCAUCCUUCGGCUGCCUGUGCUGCGUGGGGCCGAGCGCACAGGGGGCAGGGCGGGGGGGUGUAAAUCGCUUUGCUCUGCACCAUGUCAGGAGCUGCUGUCUUGCUUCAGGGAAUGUCGCUGCCUGGUUGUGUCCCAAGCAUGCUGCUCCCGCCCUCUGGCAGCCCCCAUCCUCCACCACGGACGUGCCCAGCUCCCUGGCAGCCAGGGGCAGCUCUUUGGCCGCCACUGCUCCUCUCAGCUGUCACUAGCCAGCUGUGUCCCCAGCCUCCCAGUGGUGAAUGGAUUGAGCCCCCCCGCCCUGCCCCCAGGGAGCUCUCUGGCCCCAGGCGCUGCACUCUAGGGGCAGUGCUGCCUCACGCAGGCAGAUCAGGCCUUUAGUGAGCUGACCCCAGAGAGCUUCAAAGGCAGGCUCCAUUAGCACCUGGCCCUGGAGAUCUGGCAUGCUGGGCGGUGCCUCCGAAGCGCAGCCCCCACCGGGCCUGGCAGCACCUGCCUGCAUUCCCUGCAGUUGGUCAUGAAGAUGUUGGAGACCCUGAACCGGUGGUGGUGGCUGCUCCCUGGUGUGCAGCCCCCUUGAGACUGCUUCCCGAGGCGCUAUGCGUGGCUGGCCCGGGGCUGAGCGCAGGGAUCUGCCCAGUUCCCCUCCCACGAGCACCUGGUGGGGGCUGCGUCACAGCCCUGCCUUCCCUUUCCGUGCAGCCCAGCUCCCUCCUGCUCCGGGCGCCGGAGGGCUGGGUCCUGGGGGCCCUGUUGUUCUGUAUGUGACUGGCUGCUGCUGUUAAUAAAGCUCUGUUUAGAUGUGAGA